AUGAGCAUCACAGAUGUCCUUAGCGCCGAUGACAUUGCAGCAGCCCUGCAGGAGUGCCAAGACCCAGAUACUUUCGAACCCCAAAAAUUCUUCCAGACAUCAGGCCUCUCCAAGAUGUCGGCCAGCCAGGUGAAGGAUGUCUUCCGGUUUAUAGACAAUGACCAGAGUGGAUAUCUGGAUGAAGAAGAGCUUAAGUUUUUCCUCCAGAAGUUCGAGAGCAGUGCUAGAGAGCUGACAGAGUCAGAAACCAAGUCCUUGAUGGCGGCUGCAGACAAUGAUGGUGAUGGGAAAAUUGGAGCUGAUGAAUUCCAGGAAAUGGUGCAUUCUUAA